UGCGUUUCCGGUUCCGUUGUAAACCUUUCACGUUGGCAUAUCCCAAGGCAGCUGUUGCUCUAAUGUUGUAGAAUUUUUGCAAGAUGCAGUUCGACAUUAGAAGAUUUGACAUUUACAGAAAGGUUCCCAAGGAUCUGACCCAGCCUACAUUAACGGGAGCCUGCAUCUCCAUCUGCAGUGUUCUUUUCAUUCUGUUUCUCUUUCUCUCGGAGCUUUCACUUUUCAUCUCCCAUGAUGUAGUCAGUGAAUUAACAGUGGAGGAUCCUGUGAAACAUUCUGAGAAAAUUCCUGUCUUCAUCAACCUUACUUUACCCAAGUUGAACUGUAAAUAUCUAGGACUUGACAUACAAGAUGAUAUGGGAAGGCAUGAAGUGGGUUUUCAAGACAAUACUCAAAAGUUUGAUGUCGAUGGGGGGACAGGGUGCCGAAUGGAAUCCCACUUCCUCAUCAACAAAGUGCCUGGUAACUUCCAUGUCUCGACACACUCUGCGGAACAACAGCCAGACAAUCCCGACAUGACCCAUGUGAUUCACAAAGUCCGGUUUGGAAUGGAUCUACAAGAAGGAAAGGAUGUUUCUGGAUCCUUUAACCCAAUGGAAGGCCUGGAUAAGACCAAGUCACAAGCAAUAGCCACACAUGAUUACAUUGUGAAAAUCGUCCCUUCUGUAUAUGAAGAUUCAAGAGGAAACUUGCGAUAUCCAUACCAGUACACAUACUCCUAUAGGGACGUUAUUCAGUAUGGUCAUGGUGGCCGGAUGAUGCCAGCAAUCUGGUUCCGCUACGAUCUCAGUCCAAUCACAGUCAGAUACAAGGAGAAGAGGAAACCCUUCUACACAUUCCUUACCACAGUUUGUGCUAUUGUUGGAGGAACAUUCACAGUGGCGGGAAUCAUUGAUUCCUGCAUAUUCACAGCUGCUGAAGUCUUUAGGAAACUCGAGAUCGGAAAACUCAGUUGAUCUCGGAGAUUACUAGCUUGGGUUACAAAUUAACUACAUCUAGUCAGACUGAAACACACGACAAAUAUGGGGUCUUUAUUGAUGAAAUUAACUGCUUAUGGGGAACUUUAAAGAUGAUUUAACAAAUAAGAAUAUCUAUUUGUUUUAUAAAAUGUUAUAAUUAUUUCUGCAAUUUAAUUUGUUAUAUUUAAUUUACUGAGCAGAUUUUGAUAUCUCUGCAUUUUUUUGGUUACAUAUGUGUGGUUUAGUAUUGUCAAAGUAUGGUAGAUCUAGAUCUGAAAAUUUUUAGCAAAAGUUUUAAUAUUAUCUGUAUGAUCUUACUAUGGCAUGCGGAGACAAAUCAUUUGGAACACUUUUUUUUUUUAAAUUAAUGGUUAGUGAUUAUCUGUGAGUUUAUAUGCCUGUGAGUAUCAUUAUAUCAUUAAAUUUGUCUUGCCACCACAUGAAUAUGAAAUAUACAUGUAUGUAUAAAUGAUGAGAGAAUGUACAGUUAUGUGGGAUUCUUAAAGAAGUCCCUGUAUUUUAUUUUUAAAAAAUGAAAAUACUGAAAUUUACAUGUUUUUGUAAUAGAUGUAUAAUAUUUUUAGUAAUUUUCUUUUCUGCUAGCAUAGCUUACAUAAAUAGUGCCUAUAUCAAUAUUGUACCAGGGUAUGAAUCAGUGUAAAUGUAGGUCACUUCCUAUAGACAGGUGCUCACAUUCCAGCAUACAGAAGAUAUUGUGUAUAUUCAUGUACAUAUACUUACUUGUUAAAAUGUUAUUUUGUGGUCUUUUUCUGUUUUCAUGCAGGCUUUUGCAGCUUAAUCAUGUUAAUUUAUUUGAUUGUUUUUUACUUAAUUUUACUGAAUUAUGGUAGGAAAUGAAGACCUUCACAUACACUCUGGUUUGUUUUCCUUUUGCAGCCAAUUACAACCUGUGUGUUCAGUUAUCAGUUAAAGUGGGCUCAUGUAUAUGUUUAUAUACAGUAUUUUCUGUUCAGAAUCUUAUUUUUCCAGAUUUAUAUUUUUAUUGCUAGAGAUUAUUGAGAGUUGAAUAUAUUCAAUGUAUUUGUUUCUAUGGGAGGAAUGAUUUGGUUUGUAGAUUUUAUUGCUAAGUUUUGUUUGCAAAAAUGAAGGAGAUUGCUGACUGUAUAAAAGCUAAAAAUCAAUGAACUUCUACACCAUUCUAAAUCAUCAUUUUGAAGAAAUUCUUUGAACUUAUUGUAUUAUUGAAUUUUUAUAUCUGAUGAGAUCUGGACAAAUUUUUAUUUUAUAUGAUGCUAGCCAGUGUAUUAGGUGCUGAAGAUUGAUGCGUGAGUUGAAGGUUUAAAAUAGAGUUUAUUGUACAAUAAUAUAAUGACAUUUCCUAUGUUUACUUUAGAAAAAAGAUCUUUUAUUUUGAAUUCUAUAUUAUGAACCUAUUGAACUCUAUUGUCUUGAAUGCCGAUAUGUUGAACACUAGGGAUCAUAUGUCAAAGCAAGCCCACAAUCUAAUAUUAAAAGUCAAGUGAGGUCAAGUGACCUCAAAGACAUCAAAUAUUUAGAUCAUUAAACUAUAGAAGCUUUGCCAUGCUUAAUUUGGUCAAGUUUAAGGAAGCAGGUAUUUAACUGUCCUUUAUGGAAUUGAUUAUUCUUUAAACUCAUUGCAUCAAAAUGUGCAAUGAGACUAAGAUGUGACUGCAUGCCAAAAAAGUUAUACUGCUUGUUAAAGUUUAAUUAAAAUCCCAAACUUCAAUUAUCAUUAUCUGCUGUUGUUGAUAAAAGUUUACUUUGCCAAAAUUGUCCAAUAUAUAUGCAGUGAGAGACUGAAAUAGGAACAUUAUUAAUGACAAGCUUACAUUAGAACAAUCAGUAUAUGUACAUGUCAAUUCAGGAUACAUAUUGAAGUUUGCUAAGUGAACAAACAAGUGGGAAUAAAUCCCAUUUGAAAUUGCACUGUAUACAGGGAUAUUUUUGCCUCUUUUGCCAUUGUUGCAAGAGUGCAGAUUUAAAAUUGGGCAAAUUCAAAGAAGACAGCAAUUGUGUGAAAGGUCAAAAAUAACACAGGGUGAAGAUAACCCUGUUUAGGGUAUUUGGUUCAUUGUCAUCAUUAAGAUUUUUUUUUCCAAGUUUAUUGAAUUGAGAGGCUUAGACAAAUUUUAUCAAGGAAUGUUAAGAUAUAUGAAAUGGUUUCAUACAGAGGGGAUUCAUGGAAGGCUGCUGAAUUAAGCUUCUUGUAUUUUGACUGAAAUAAAAAGCUCUAAAAUAAGAUUUUGUAUAAAAAUGUAUGUCAGCUGUCUAGAUUCCAGUGUUGUUCUGAACAUCAUACUAAGACUAAGACUAAUUACUAAGACUAAUUACUAAUUUUGUCUCCAUUUUGUGAUUUUUGUCACAAAUAAGUCCCAAUAUUAAAAUGUCAUGUCAGACUGUUGAUAUGCCUCAGAAAUAUGUACUGGUAUCCACAUGCUCCAAAAACAAGAGCUCAUGCAUCAGCAGAACAGAUAUUGAAAUUUUGUAUAAGAUAUAUUUUUCAAAAAAUGCCUUAUUUAAUAGAUAGAAACUUUUUAUCUUCAGAAUUUUAUUGUGAAUCAGCUUUGAUUGAGUCUCAGGAAUAAAGAUAUUUUGGAUAUCUAUUUUCAUGAGUCAAAUUUUAAAAGUAUUAAAUAUUGCCACACAUUCUUGUUUUAUACUGGUAACACACUGGUAACAAGGUAAAAUUUUCUGUACAGUAGAAAUUCAUUGUUGCGCUUACUGCAAAAUUUUCACUGGUGAGUAAAAUGGUGUUUAUUCUUGGCUUGUCAGUUUAUUUUUGGGUACGGGGACCAGUUAUUCUAUUGUAAUUUGUUUGUUGCAAUAAAGUUUUUUAUUCUACUUGGACA